AUGCAGAAUUUCACCUCACAGCAUCAGUCGCGCGCUGCUUCGGCCAGUGACGCGCAGCACGCGUCUGGUCAAGGUCUUCAUUCUGCGUACCCAUACUCCCAUGACAAUGCCUAUGCUGCUCAGCAUGCGCCCGCCCAGUCUACCCAAGGCGCUCACUACCAGACUGGAGCGCAUACUGGCUCCAAUAUUGACGUACAAGCCCUGUUGGAUUCUCUGACACCUGCUGCCAACAAUGCGCCCUCGACUCAAUAUGCUUCUGCACAAGUGUCCGCCCAGUCACCGCAGACACAACACCAUGCCUCGUCCUUGCCCUCGGCCACCAAUCUCCCUGCGAGGCCGCCUACCCAAGAUAAGCCCGCUACGCACCCCAACUAUGACCCCAACGAUGAUAUCAGAUCCUAUCAUCCACAGAGUCAGCAAGCACCCAAUGCCCAGCAGAGAGGAAAUGGCUCUUUUCAGCCAAUGAAUGUGCAGAAUCAGGACUUCUCUACAACGUCUGCCCAUGCUCAGCAGCAGCCGGGCGAACGCAGCGAAACGCCCGACGAUGAGGAUCAGAGGUGGCCGCCCGAGGUGAAUAGAAGAUAUGAGGAAUUUUUGGAUCAAGAGAGGAAGUUUGUAACGGAGGGGCAAUGGGACCAAUUCCCCAUGGGCUCGCGUCUCUUCAUUGGAAACCUCCCCACUGAAAAAGUCACCAAGCGCGACAUCUUUCACCGGUUCUACCGCCACGGCAGGCUCGCGCAGAUAUCGAUCAAGCAGGCAUAUGGCUUCGUUCAAUUCCUUGACUCGGAGUCAUGUCGCAGGGCCCUGGAUGCCGAACAGGGACAGGCAGUGCGUGGCAGGAAGAUGCACCUCGAGAUAUCCAAGCCCCAGCGAAACACGAAAAAGAUAGAACCACCGAAUCCGACACCGCGUCGACGCUCGCGUUCCCCGGAUUAUACUAGGGGCGGGACGGGGCCGGCGCCCAGGGAUAAUCGCUAUGUAGGGCAUCCAAACUCCAUGUCGCCGAGGGAUCGACGCUUUCGCGAUCGGGAUGAUUACCGACCUAUGCGAUCGCCAUCGCCACGGGCUCCUCCUCGGGGCAUACGAUCACGAGAUAGAAGCCGCGACAGGUUCGAUGCGCGAUAUCGUAGCAGGUCCAGGACACCACCACGCAGACACAGAAGCCCAUCUCCGCGUCGCGACUAUACAGAAGAUGGAUUGGAUCUUCGACGCCGAUUGCCCCACGAGGUACCUGAUAUCCAGAUUCUUGUGCUCAAUGAGGGACUUCCCCGUGACUUCAUUCGCUACGUCGAGGAUACUUUCCGCUCGCAAAACUUACGCAGUAACGUCCUGAUACUGAGUGGUCGAUUCCCUGAACCAGCUGUAGUUCGCAGACAAAUCCUCGAAGGAGUCCUAGCUAUUGUGAGGCUCGAUACUACUGGCCUGACCAAAGGUAAGGUCAGUGUCCAGAUUUUCGACCGACGUGGCGGUGCCAACAAUGUCCAGUUCAACGAAUACGCCGAUCUUGACCCCACGACGGCUGGUCUUCUCGUCAACAAUGCCAAACAAACCCAGCUGCGACCGGUUCUGCCGCCAUCAUCCUCGUACGGCUUCGGUCAGACUCUGCCACCGCACUUCCCUCAACCGAAUAACCCCUUCCCGUCUCUGCCAACCACUCAGCCCAACAUCUCUAAUCUCAUAGCAUCCCUCGACGGUGCUAGCUUGUCGCAGCUGCUCGGUGCGAUGUCCGGCAACAACAUACCCCAAAACGCGCAACCCGCGCCGAAUCAAGGCUUAAAUGCCGAUCUUGCACGCCUGCUUGCCCAGGUGCCUAGUCCUGUUCAGACUCCUGGUUUCAGUGGCCCAGCUCAGCCACAUCUUGCGCAGCUGGGCAAUCAGUUCCCCGCACUUGCUUCUCUAUUCGCAAACCAGAGCCAGGCCGCCGCUCCACCAGUACAGACACCUACUCAAGCUGGCCCCACACCAGACAUGUCUGAAAUCAUGGCCCAGCUCGCUCAGUAUCAACGCUGA